CAGGGGCAAGCUCAGUGACUCCUCUAUACACGUUGAACAGUGAGAGACAUGGCAAGAGAUGGCGAGGGGAAUGAGCAGACUCCAAUCACUGCUGCUGAUGCUCUGAUCAAGGGAAACGGGCCUUAAAGCUAUAGGAAAAAAAAUAUAAUAAUAAAAAAAAAAACAUAAAAAAAAAAGAAAUCUAAUGAAGAAAGAAGUGAAGGAAGGCAGAAGUUCCAUGUAAAGCAUUCCUGGGACGUUAAACCAGCACGCCAGAUGUGUUGUCCACAAGCCUGCACGUAUAAACAUGAACGCUCAGCUGACCAUGGACAAUAUUGGGGAUCUGCACGGGGUGAGCCAUGAUCCGGCCACUGGAGAUAUGAUGAACGGCAGCCCCCAUCACAGGGGACCGGUGAGCCAUCGCAGCAAUCACAUGGCUGCCCACCCGCGAUCCAUGGGCAUGGCAUCGAUCCUGGACGGAGGAGAAUACCACCAUCACCACCACCGACCCCCCGACCAUGCCUUAACGGGGCCGCUUCAUCCCACCAUGACCAUGGCUUGUGACACCCCACCAGGGAUGAGCAUGAGCAGCACCUACACCACGCUGACCCCCCUGCAACCCUUACCACCCAUCUCCACCGUGUCCGACAAAUUCCCCCAUCACCACCACCACCACCAUCACCACCCUCACCAGCGGAUACCGGGCAACGUCAGCGGCAGCUUCACCCUCAUGAGGGAUGACAGGGGGCUCACCUCCAUGAACAAUCUCUACAGCCCCUACCACAAGGAUGUCUCCGGUAUGGGGCAAAGCCUGUCUCCGCUCUCCGGCUCGGGUCUGGGGGGCAUCCACAACGCCCAGCAAUUGCCCCACUACGCCCACCCCAGUGCCACCAUGCCCACCGAGAAGAUGCUCACCCCCAACGGUUUUGAAGCCCACCAUCCUGCCAUGCUUCCCAGGCAUGGAGAGCAACAAUUUACCCCAACAUCGGCUGGCAUGGUGAACAUCAAUGGGAUCCCCCACCACCCCCAUUUAAAUUCCCAGGGUCAUGGGCAGAUUCUGGGCUCCAUCAGGGAGCAGAACCCAAACUCCAUGACUGGUUCCCAGGUCAACAAUGGAAGUAAUUCAGGGCAAAUGGAAGAGAUCAAUACCAAAGAGGUAGCUCAGAGGAUCACCACUGAGCUCAAGCGGUACAGCAUCCCCCAGGCGAUCUUUGCCCAGAGGGUACUGUGCCGAUCACAAGGGACCCUAUCAGAUCUGCUGAGGAACCCCAAACCUUGGAGCAAACUCAAAUCGGGCCGGGAGACUUUUCGCAGGAUGUGGAAGUGGCUUCAGGAGCCAGAAUUCCAGAGGAUGUCAGCUCUCAGGCUAGCAGCUUUGGUACCAGCCGAUCCGGUAUUUCAGCACUCUGGACAGUUGCCUGCAGACUCCCUGGUUAAGAUCGGCUAUCCAUCACAAAGCACCCAGUCUAAUCACUUGUCAUGUAAACGAAAAGAACAAGACCAUGGCAAAGACAGAGGGAAUACACCAAAAAAGCCAAGGUUGGUCUUCACAGAUGUCCAACGGAGGACUCUUCAUGCAAUAUUCAAAGAAAAUAAGCGCCCAUCCAAAGAAUUACAGAUCACCAUUUCCCAGCAGCUUGGCUUGGAACUCAGCACAGUCAGCAACUUCUUCAUGAAUGCUCGCAGGAGGAGUCUAGAUAAGUGGCAAGAUGAAGGCAGCUCGGGAAAUACAUCAUCUUCAUCAAGCACUUGUACCAAAGCAUGAAGGAAACACAAAAUAAAAAUAAAAAAAAACUACAACCUCGGUGGAAAAGCUUUAAUAAAAUGGAAAAGGACAUCCAAUUAGCAGGUUUAUACUUUAAAAACUAUUUCAAACCAAAAUUAUUUAUAAGUCCAAAGAAACCAAAGACUCAUUUCUCCUGUGAACUUUUCUUCUUAGCGCAUUUUUCAGGAGAGCGACUUGCAAAAAAAUAAUAAUAAUAAGACACGUUCCACUGGCCUUACACCUUCAGCCAUCAUCAUCAUCUUCACAGUAUUUUGAUGUCUGGUGGUUUGGAGCAUCGUGAUCUCUUGUCAUUGAAUGGACAUUUUCUGAUAUGGGUAGUCAUUGCCACCGCACAUUUAAACAUGAAGGUGUACGGUGUAUCUGUACUUACAGUCCAGUGGUAAGGAACUCGGUCAUAACUUGUCUGCAGGUUGGGAUACAGUGUGACCAACAAGUCGUCUUGAGUUUAUUGGAACUGAGUGUAGCUGUGUCAUUUGAACCUAGCGGAUUCAAGGUUUUGCUGUUGGCGUUCAAAUGAGUAAAUGGCACCUAGACCUGUGCAUUCUCUUUGUUUGUUAAGAGUUGUCCAGACAAAUAGAAACAUGACCUCUCCCACAAGUGCAACAUACCAAAGAACACAUUUAGUAUAGUAGUUCAGGUGUUUUAUUGCAGUAAUUUUAAUAUUUCAGUGAUAUUUUUACAUACUGUUGUAUGAAGAAAUGUAGGUAUAAACUAUUCUAAUUUCUUACUAGAAAAAAAAAAAAGAAAAUUCACAAACAUUCAUUAUAACCAGGACUGUUAUUUGUAAGGAAACUUAAUGUUAGGGAUUUCUUUCGCUGUCGUAGAUAUUUGAAGGAUGCAAUCUGCUUGAACUGAGCACAAGUACUUUAUGCUUUUGUGACCUCUGUUCACACAUACCACAAACAAGUUAAUCAACUACAAUAUAUAUAUAAAUAUAUAGAUAGAUAGAUAUAUCUAUCUAUAUAUCACAUUCAUAUUUUUUUCCUCAGUGAAAUUCAUCUUGUUGCUUUUCAAGGACCAGACAUUUUUAUUCUUCCCAUUCCUAGUAUUACGAAUAUGUGUAGAUUGCUGCCUUUACAUAUAAUGGAAACAAUUACCAAUACACUCUUCAGUCUCCUGGAAGUCAUUACUGAAAUAUAAGCAGGCAAAUAUAAUAAAAGGCAGUGCAAACAAUAAUGAUGUGCUAAAGUGAACAGCAACCAACCAUAUGCCUAAAGGUAUUAAAAGGUGAUUUCUAAUUCUGGUGCUGUUAUACUCCUUAUGAUUUUUUUACACAAUGCUAUAUGUAUACAAUAACCAGUAGAUUUUUCCCAGCCAUAUAUAAGUAAUUGGUCUCCAUAACAAAUUAAGUUUUAUUCCCCCCAUGUACACCUUUUUAAAUAACAAAAAUAUCAGCCAUGUUAAAGGAUGGUUGCCACUAAAGAAAAUAUAUUGUAGCCAACACUUAGGCCUCGUACACACGCAUGAGUUUCUCGGCAAAAACCAGCAAGAAAUUUGCUGGGAUUUUUUUU